AUGCCAGAAGUACAACCUAAGGACUUAGAUAAUGAGCAAGAAUGGGACUUAUUAAUUUUUACCCAAAGCUGGCCAGCAACUGUGUGUAUGGAAUGGGAGAAACAAGAUCCCGCACACACCUGCAAUCUACCAACAGGCCACGAUUUUUGGACCAUUCAUGGCAUUUGGCCAACUAAGCUGAAGACCAUGGGGCCUGCAUUUUGCAACAGAACUUGGCAUUUUGAUCCGGAAGAAGUCCGGCCUAUAGAAAACAAAUUAGAACAACUGUGGACUAAUGUAGAGACAGGUACUUCGACUUACUCACUUUGGGCCCAUGAGUGGAACAAACAUGGGACAUGCGCAGCAAUUCUAGAGCCGCUCAAUUCCCAAUUGAAGUAUUUCACCAUGGGCCUGAACUGGGAGAACAAGUUUUUUAUGCAUGACAUUCUGCUUGAAGCAAACAUUGUUCCCUCAAACGAAAAUAAGUAUGCAGUGUUAGACAUCCACAAUGCAAUCAAAGCCAGAUUAGGCGUGAACCCCGUCGUUGAAUGCAGGAGAGAGGACGGGAAGAAUUACUUGGUCGAAAUACGGAUUUGUUUCUCUAAAACGCUAGAGUUGCAAAAUUGUGAUGGUGUAUUGAAUGUAAAACCGACAAUGCUGGGAAGGGAAUCUGUACUGACUAACUGCAAUACGUCACAGGGAGUCAUCUAUCUGCCCUAUCAAAGCAACAAACUGUAUGUGCAAUUGUAUAAAUUGGUUAUGUGGUUGCAAUGGCUGACGCUG